AUGAUCCUCCCAUUCCUGGCUCUGUUCUGCGUUGGGUCACUUCCCAGGCCCUCCAUCCGUGCCUGGCCCAGCUGGAUGGUUCCUGCCAAUAGUACUGUGACACUGGGAUGCUCCACUUCUGCUGGGGAGGUCAACUUCAGGGACAUCAAGUUUGCUCUCAGAAAGAACAAUGUUCCUUUGGAGUCCUUGCCAUCUCCUGUUUCCCAAGAGGGCCUGGCAGAGUUUCACCUCAGUGAUGUAAAAACCAGUGACUCUGGAAAGUACACCUGUGAAUGUUACAGGAUAAUGAGCCCCACCAGAAUGUCACUGCCCAGUGAUGUCCUUCUACUGCUGGUGACAGGAAAUUUCCCUAAACCUUCCCUUAAAGCCCACCAAAGGGGUGAGGUGACUGCAGGAGAAAACGUGAUUCUGCAGUGCCAGAAGCCCAGGCAUCUGACUGAAUCUAUUAUGUUUGCUCUACUGAAGAAAGGAACUUCAACACCCAUAAAGCUCCAGGGUCCAGUAGGAAUGGAGACAGCCUUCUUCCUUCCAAGUGUGACCGUCAGUGACACUGGGGCCUACAGCUGUGUGUACUACCAAACAAGGGCUCCUUUCUGGGCCUCAGAGCCCAGUGAUCACCUCAUGAUCUCGGUGACAGGUCAAUAG